AUGCCAGACUAGGUCAUAUUUCACGGCCUUUGCACCAGAUGUACGCUUUGCCAGAAAGCUGUUUGCUUCAGGUCUUUGCGUGAAAGGUUUAUGUCUUCUUCGCCUUCUAGUGUGUCCGCCUACUGCCUCACACACUAGGCUGUCAAGUCCCAGCCCCAGCCUCUGGGUGGAGCCAGUGACCUUUCACUACCUCCUAGCUAUUGUACACAAAGAAGGAUUCUACCUUGCAACCCGAUUUCCUUUUCAAUUACACCUGCAACCCCGAUGCUGCUCUCUCCCAAGUUCAAAAGACCAAAUGCCCACCGGUUGUAAUGCUUUCAUCGGGCAGUUCCCCGCCCUGCCAGAAGGACAUUAAUCUUUGAAGUCUGAAGAGUGACGACCAUAACGACCUCUGCAGACCAAAUACAGUGACCUGUGCUAAGGACUCAUACGCAGCCCUCGAGCGCGACCCGCCUCUCUCCCUCUGCCUCUCUCCCCUUACCCAAGUCCCCGAGGUAAAGGCCUGGUGUGGAUGUUCCGGCUGAAGUCAGUCUGCACCCCCAAAGGCUUCCUUUGGGCUCCAGGGCAAGAGGGCCUUCAGCGAGCUGGAGGCCUACCACAUCUUGGCCCUUUCCCAAGAAGAGCAGGCAAUGGCUGACCACCAGGGGCUGGUGACUUUCGAAGAUGUGGCUGUGGAUUUCACCCAGGAGGAAUGGCAGUGCCUGAGCUUUCCACAGAGGACUCUCUACAGAGACGUGAUGCUGGAAACCUACAGCCACUUGCUAUCUGUGGUAGGGCAGCAGGUUGCCAAACCAGACCUCAUCCUCAAACUGGAGGGAGAAGAACCAUACCCGCAAGAAGGCAAAGUCCCAGCCUGGAACAUUCCAGAAGCCUGUCCCAUUGAAGAACAGAUUGAGAGACAGCACCAGAAUGACCAGGAUAAGUGUUGGUUGAUGCAAGUUGGAUUCUCUGACAAGGAAAUAAUUAUCCCCACCAAGAUUGACUAUAGCUAUAGUGAAUUUGCAAGCACACUUCAUCUGAGCACAGAUCCUAUAGCUUCAAUUCAAAGACCUCAUAAACAUGACUUAUUUGGAAGUAAUAUGGUUGAGAGUUUAGAUUUAUUUACAAGAAGCCCUGCUGGAAAGAGCCAUGAUAAUGAAUGCUCAAAAAUAUUCUUCCAUACUGAAUAUGAGAAAGUGAAUCCUGGAGUGAAACCCUAUGAAUAUAAAGAAUGUGGGAAAGCCCUAAAGCAAAAGGAAGGCCUUAGUCUACACCAGAGAAUUAAGAACGGAGAGAAACCCUUUGAAUGUACUGCCUGCAGGAAGACCUUCAGCAAAAAGUCACAUCUUAUUGUACAUUGGCGAACCCAUACAGGAGAGAAACCCUUUGCAUGUACUGAAUGUGGAAAGGCCUUUAGCCAAAAAUCUCAGCUCAUUAUACACUUGAGAACUCAUACUGGAGAGCGACCCUUUGCAUGUCCUGAAUGUGGAAAAGCCUUCAGAGAAAAAUCCACUGUCAUCAUACAUUACAGAACUCACACAGGAGAGAAACCUUAUGAAUGUAAUGAAUGUGGAAAAGCUUUCACUCAGAAGUCAAACCUCAUUGUCCAUCAGAAAAUUCACACAGGAGAGAAAACCUAUGAAUGCACUAAAUGUGGGGAAUCUUUUAUGCAGAAACUUGAUCUAAUUAUACAUCAUAGCAGUCAUACAGGAAAGAAACCCCAUGAAUGUAAUGAGUGUAAGAAAACUUUCAGUGAUAAGUCCACUCUCAUUGUACAUCAGAGAACACAUACGGGAGAGAAACCUCAUAAAUGUACUGAAUGUGGGAAGUCUUUCAAUGAGAAGUCAACCCUCAUUGUACAUCAAAGAACCCACACAGGAGAGAAACCCUAUGAAUGUAAUGUGUGUGGAAAAACAUUCACCCAAAAGUCAAACCUUGGUGUACAUCAAAGAACUCAUUCGGGAGAGAAACCCUUUGAAUGUAAUGAAUGUGAGAAAGCUUUCUCUCAGAAAUCCUAUCUCAUGCUACACCAGAGAGGCCAUACAGGAGAGAAACCAUAUGAAUGCAAUGAAUGUGAAAAAGCAUUUUCCCAGAAGUCAUAUCUCAUUAUCCAUCAAAGAACUCAUACCGAAGAAAAGCCCUACAAAUGUAAUGAAUGUGGCAAAGCCUUCAGAGAAAAGUCAAAGCUCAUUAUACACCAGAGAAUUCAUACAGGAGAGAAACCAUAUGAAUGUCCUGUAUGUUGGAAAGCUUUUAGCCAGAAGUCCCAACUCAUAAUACACCAGAGAACACACACAGGAGAGAAACCAUAUGCAUGCACUGAGUGCGGCAAAGCUUUUAGAGAAAAAUCAACAUUCACUGUACACCAGAGAACUCAUACGGGAGAGAAACCUUACAAGUGUCCAGAUUGUGGGAAAGCAUUUACACAGAAAUCAAACCUUAUUGUACAUCAGAGAACGCAUACAGGAAAGAAAGUCUAUGGGAACGGCCACACUCAGAAGUCACAGCUCAUUACACAUUAGAGGAUAAAUCAAUAGUGCCUGUUGUGUACACUGUAGGAAAGUUGUGUGCAUUGAAUUAUUUUAAAAGUAUGUUCUGACUCUUUAAAUAUGAUAAAUUAAGUUGACUUUAUUUUCUUUUCAUCUCAGUCUAUAUUCAAAAACUACAAGGAGACAAAGAAGCAGGACUAUAAUCUCUAUAUCUGACAAAAUUAGGAGGGAACUGAAAUCCUGCAAAGAAGACUACCAGAGUCAAAGGAAAUCAGAAAAUCAGGAAGUCUCAGCAUGAACACUUAAGGCUGUAGAUGUGGGACAUUACUGGUAAGGAGUCUUAAUUGUGGCUCAGGAUCUAUCUGGAGGCGCAAGAUUAUGUUUACACACUAUAGAUGCAGAGAGCAUGGGCAGUUGAGAGGUAGGGUGUUUCCUGGACCCAUUUGGAUCUAAGGAGAGAUGAUCAGGGACCUAAAUGAAGAAUUUCUCAUACAAGUCAUAUUUUCAGAGAGUUUGUUGUAUUCAUGGGAGGAAAAGUUGGCAGGAUCUUGGGCAUGAGAAAGGAGCAUUCCUUGUGAAGAACCAAAUUCCAGAGAAACCAAAUCUGAAAGACCUAAUAAAUAGGACAGAUCUCAGCUGUAAGAAAAACUGUCUUCUGCCUAUAAUAUGGCUUCAGCAUCUAUCCCCACAUGAACCUCCAUUAAGUAGCAAGUCCAGAAAAAAACUCUAUUUAAAGAGGAAGGAUUCCGGCGGAGGGUAGAUAGCAUAAUGGCAAUACAAACAGACUCUCAUGCCUGAGGCUCCAAAGUCUCAGGUUCAAUCCCCCGCACCACCAUAAGUCAGAGCUGAACAGUGCUCUGGUAACAAAAACAAAAAAAAAAGAGGAAGGAUUCCAAUGUGAUUAAAAAUAAUAACAUAUGUGCCUGGCUUUUGAGUCAGCAAUUCCACUUCUAAGAAUGUAUAUAUUCACACAUAAACAAAAUAAGAACACACAGAGGUUUCCAUUGAUGAAUUGGUGAAAACAAAAGCUUGGAAGCUAUCCAAAAGAUAACAGCAAGGCUCUGGUCUCUAAUUUCUUGGUGUAUAUUCAUAUAGUAAACUCCUAGACUGAAAAAAGAAAAACAAAUAAAUACAGAAAUGAAUACUGAAGCCUUGGACACCAUUUGUAUAAUGAUGUGAGAUGACCUCCAAUAUGUAUUAGUAGAUGAGAAAACAAGGUGCAAAAUAGUGUGUCUAAUGUACUAUCAUUUGUACAUAAAACAGAGACCAAAUGGUAAAUACAUAACUGAGUGUCCAUGCAAAAAUUGUCUAUGGAAAGAUAAACAAAAAACUGGGAACCCUGAUUACCUCUAGGAAAGGGAAGGGGAAGCUGUUGAUUAGGAAAUGAAAUAAUGGAAACAACUAUAUGCCCUUUCAUAAGUUUUAGAAAGUGCAUUAUGUGGAUGGACUACCUUUUCAAUAAAUAAAAGUUUCUAAAGUA